AGGAUGCCCGUCUCCUCGAAGCCGCCGUUCGUGGUCACCUUAAAUAUCAAUCUUUUCUUGGUGGCUCUGACAGCGCUUGGCCUCCUCAGCCGGCUCUGGUCCCUGUCUCAUCCGCACGCUGUUGUGUUUGACGAAGUGUAUUAUGGGCAGUUUAUAUCGAUGUACAUGAAGCGGAUAUUUUUCUUGGAUGAUAGUGGUCCCCCUCUAGGACACAUGCUUCUUGCUUUGGGAGGCUACCUGGCUGGGUUUGAUGGUAACUUUAUGUGGAACAGGAUCGGUGCAGAGUAUUCCAGCAAUGUCCCGGUUUGGUCCCUGCGGCUACUGCCUGCUGUAUCAGGAGCUCUUUGCGUCCCCCUCGCCUACCAGGUCGUGGUGGAGUUGGGGUUCUCUGCCAGAGCAGGUCUGGUGGCCGGCGUGCUGAUAUUAUUUGAGAACUCGCUGAUCACUCAGUCUCGACUAAUCCUGCUGGAGUCCGUGCUCAUCUUCUUCAUCCUCCUGGCUAUCCUUUCGUUCCUCAAGUUCUGUAGCUGUCAGCAGAGAAGCCCCUUCUCCUUAUGCUGGUGGUUCUGGCUGCUUCUCACCGGGAUCUCCUGUUCCUUAGCUGUAGGGGUGAAAUACAUGGGUCUCUUCUCCUAUCUUCUGAUUUUGGUUAUUGCCGCAACGCAGUGUUGGUGGCUCAUUGGUGAUCGGACCCUGUCCAAUAUGUGUGUGCUGUUUCAUGUGCUGGCACGUGGCUUGGCUCUGCUGCUGGUACCUGCAGCCCUGUACCUGGGGAUGUUCUACAUACACUUGUCAGUACUGAUCCGUUCUGGCCCACACGACCACAUAAUGAGUAGUGCGUUUCAAGCCAGUCUGGAGGGAGGUCUGUCCCGGAUCACUCAAGGACAACCCUUAGAGGUGGCAUUUGGCUCACAGAUCACCCUUCGGAACACGCUUGGUAAACCGGUUCCAUGUUGGCUGCACUCACACAAACAUACCUACCCAGUAAGGUACGAUGGUGGCAGAGGGAGCUCCCACCAGCAGCAGGUCACCUGUUACCCCUACAAAGACGUGAAUAACUGGUGGAUUGUGAAGGACCCAGCCAGACAAGCAAUGGUUGUCGGAUCUCCGCCACAGGCCGUGCGACACGGAGAUACCAUACAAGUGGUACAUGGAAUGACAGCCCGCUUUCUCAACACACAUGAUGUUGCUGCCCCUUUCUCCCCGUACUCGCAGGAAAUCUCCUGUUACAUAGAUUACAACGUGUCCAUGCCUGCCCAGACGCUGUGGAAAGUGGAGAUUGUGAACCGGGAGUCGGAUACAGACACAUGGAAGACCAUCCUCUCGGAAGUAAAGUUGGUCCACGUCAACACGUCUGCAGUACUGAAGCUCAGCGGGGCAACUCUACCAGAAUGGGGCUUUCGGCAACUGGAGGUCGUCGGAGAAAAAGUAUCCAAAAAUUAUCAUCAGAGUCUGGUGUGGAAUGUUGAGGAGCACAGAUACGGCAGGAGUCAGGAGCAGGCAGAAAGGGAGCAGGAGUUGCACUCACCAGCACAGAUGGAUGUGGCGAGGAACCUCAGUUUUAUGGCUCGAUUUUGGGAGUUACAGUGGAAGAUGUUAACCAUGAGAACCGAGACAGCGGAGCACAAGUACAGCUCGUUGCCUGUGGACUGGAUCUCUCUGGACAGCAGUAUUGCCUACUGGCUUCAUCCUAAAACUACGGCACAGAUCCAACUCCUGGGAAACCCUGUGAUCUGGUAUUCCGCCAAUGCCGGUGCUCUUCUGUACUCCGUCUUGUUCCUGUUCUAUUUUCUGCGCCGGAGGAGGGCGAUAUAUGACAUUCCAUCAGACUCGUGGCAGGCUUUCCAGCUCACCGGCGCUGUGUGUUUGGGAGGCUGGGCUGUAAACUACCUGCCUUUUUUCGCAAUGGAGAAGACGCUCUUUCUGUAUCACUACCUCCCGGCCCUUACCUGUCAGAUCUUGCUGCUGCCCCCUCUUCUGGAACACAUCCACCAGUGUUUGCUAAGGUCGGAAGCCUUACGGAAUACAUUCUCAGCGCUUCUGGCGGUUUGGAUAUCCAGUGUGUUCCUGACGCACCGCAGACUUUGCCCUUUGACGUACGGGGAUCCUCCGCUCUCCCCUGAAGAGUUGCGGGGUCUACGAUGGAAAGACAACUGGGACAUUUUGAUCAGAAGGCAGUGACGCCUUUGCCCUGAACUGUAGAAGUUAAAACUCCAGCCAGGCAUCGUGUGUAGCCGGGCAGAGGUAAAAAAAAACUUUCACUUCUUAACAGAAAAAGGGUUUUGUUGGAGAAAAUUCAUCACCCAUAGGAAGAAGCUUUACAAACUGUCAGAAGGUCAGACGGUAGACGUAGAAGUAGAAGCACAAGAAAUAAAAUCAUACGGACUAGAAUCUCUAGCAAGGCUCUCUAGAGCCACAACAACCCCCCCCCCCCCCACCGUGGUGCUCAGCCAGACAACACUACAUUUUUUUGAUACAAUUACUGUUUUUUAAUGAAAAUUAUUUGAAAUGAA